CAGCAGAAACAUUCUUACUUACUUCGAGAAGCCUUGACAAAUCUAGGCCCCGCCUUUGUCAAAGGAGGACAGCAACUUUCAAUCCGUCCUGAUCUGGUUCCGCCGGCAGUGUUAAAAGAGCUCCAGAAGCUGUGUGACGCCGUCCGUCCAAUUCCAGACGAUAUUGCAAUGCAGUUGAUUCGAAAGGAACUGGAUCAAGAUGAUUUGGAGGUCUUGUUUCAAGAUCUGAAACUUGUUGCAUCAGCAAGUUUAGGACAAGUCUAUAAAGCGAAAUUGCGCUCCAACGGGCAUUAUGUUGCUAUCAAAGUUCAACGUCCUGACAUGCAGCGAAAUUUUAGCCUCGAUUUGUGUCUUCUCCGAAAGGUUGGUGUGGUCGUUGACGUGUUCACGUCCACUUUCACUAACCAGCCCCCGUUUCAUAAAGCGCUGUAUGAGUCCUUUUCGCGAGGGUCGUACAUGGAGUUGGAUUACGAAAAUGAAGCCGCAAAUCAGACGAAGUUCCAGCAUGAGCUAGCCAUCCGGAAAUGUCCAGUUGUGGUGCCAGACGUAUACAAAGAAUAUUCUUCACAGAGAGUCUUGACCUCUCAAUGGAUUGAAGGUGUUAAAUUAGCGGACUCUCCGAAAGAGCGGAUUCGAGAGCUCAUUCCUAUAGGCGUCGAAUUGUUUUUGACUCAACUGCUGGAUAUUGGGGCUUUCCACGCCGAUCCUCACCCUGGAAAUUUGCUCGUCACGAAGGACGGUAGGCUUUGUUUGCUGGACUUUGGACUGUGCGCGGAAGUAGAUGCUAAGUCAAGAAACGCAAUGACAAAGGCUAUUGUGCACCUUUUGUUGAAGGAUUUUGAUUCUCUGGUGUCCGAAGAUGCGAAGGAAAUGGGAUUUCUUCCGCAAGACUUUGACACAAGCGAAUUGAAGCCAUUGCUAACCAAGAUUUUGACUGUUGGACUGAUCGAUUCUGGAUCAGAUCUGCGCAAGCGCAAGCGAAAAUUGUUGGAGAUAUCCAACGAGCUCAACGAAGUUUUCUUUCAGUAUCCGUUUAGUGUGCCUCCAUUCUUCGCGCUGGUGACUCGUGGUCUUGGACUAUUGGAAGGUAUCGCAUUAUCAGGCGAUCCGGAAUUUGAUAUAUUCCGUGCGAGUGCACCAUAUGCUCGCCGUCGCGCAGUGGCACUUCUGGGAUCGCACAGUUUAGUGCAACGAAAAGCUUAA